UCACACAGCACAAGCGAUGUGCCAACUACGCUUCUAUUUCACGACACGCUUCCAAAUUAGCGUACAAAUUGUAAGAGAGAGAUAAACUUGGACCGUUUUAACUGGGUCUCACGACACAACGGUGUGAUUUGUAGCCUAAAAAGCCAGCUCCCGUAAGAACCAGGACAUUUAGCUAUGGGGAAUACCUCAUCAAGGAGUUAUUUCCCGGGAAUCAAAAUGCAACCUGCUAAAACGACUCUGUUCAAACGGGAGCAAACUGGGACGACAUACAGAAUCCCAGCUCUCAUCCACCUAAAAGAGAGUCAGACAUUCCUUGCCUUUGCAGAGAAGCGCUCUUCCCCCAGUGACAUUGAUGCAAAACUUAUUGUUAUGAGGAGAGGCACUCAACAAAAUGGAUCCACUCAGUGGUCAGAAUCCCAGGAGCUAUUAUCAGCAUGUUUACCAGACCACCGCACCAUGAACCCCUGCCCGGUGUAUGAGAAGAAUACCAAGACUCUAUUCCUAUUUUUCAUCUGCAUUUUGGGUAACACUCCAGAGCACCAUCAGAUCUGUACAGGCAAGAAUAAGGCACACCUGUGUUACAUCACCAGUAAUGAUGAGGGCCAGAACUGGAGCCAGACAAAGGACUUGACAGAGAGUGUGAUUGGCAAAACGGUCAGAAGGUGGGCUACAUUUGCUGUGGGACCAGGCCAUGGCAUUCAAAUGGAGAGUGGAAGAUUGAUCAUUCCUACCUAUGCCUAUUAUAUCCACUGCAAAUGCUUCUCCUUCCCCUUCCCCUUCACGGUACAGCCACAUGCUCUCUCAAUAUACAGUGACGACUUCGGUCAGACAUGGCAAAUGGGCAGGAUGCUUCAAAGAAAGUCCUGUGAAUGUGAGAUGGCAGAGAUCAUAGACCACGAGGGCAGCAGUCACCUGUACUGCAACGCCCGCCAUAGAGGUCACAGAGUGGAAGCUUUGAGUGAGAGCAGUGGGGUUUACUUUGACAAGCCCCGCUUGGCUCCAAGGUUAGUGGAGCCGUGCCAUGGUGGUUGCCAAGGCAGUGUGAUUGGCUUCCCUGCCCCUGAGCAAGGUGAAGAGGGUAUGGGUGGUACCACAUUACCACCACUGGCCUCAGACACGCAAACCUGGCUACUCUUCACCCACCCGACCAAUAAGAGGACAAGGAAAGACUUGGGAGUGUAUUUGAACCGUUCCCCACUGCACACGUCAGGUUGGGACCGGCCCUGGAUCGUCCACAGUGGACCCAGUGGCUACUCAGACCUGGCCUACAUUGAGGACACGGAGCACUUUGCUUGCCUGAUGGAAUGUGGCGAGAAUAGUGAGCUUGAACAGAUUGCCUUUGUGUCUUUUCCCCUCAGUGAUGUCAUGCAGACCGUUGAUGAGAAAGGAAAUACCUUCUAGUUGUGUUUUUAUUUAAGUACUACACUCCAAUUCCAAUCAGAUUCCGUGGUCAGUUGAGGCACACAAUCAUCUUUGUCCUCAAUUUAUAUAAAAAGAAGCAUUCUGAAAAUGUAUUUAUAUCAAAGUUGUUUCGUGUAAAAAAAGGCAACUGACGCUACGAUUUCUUGAAAUGCGAUCAUAGUUAAAUCAAAUGUAAUAUAAUAUGUAGAUGUGAUCAUUUUAUGAAGUCAGACUGUAUGCACUGCAAUGCAUGCUGUCAUUGGAUGCAAUCUCUAAGCAGUGGUAUAUUUAAAUGGCAUACUUUUACUUGCAUUGUACAUGUACAUUGAAACUCCUUUCACCUCAAUGUAGAGUCAUGCAAUUCCUUAUGUUUGCCAAGCACCCUUUGAAGACUACAACCACCCACAGGCCACGAUCAGGCAACACUUCUGCUCCUCAGGCGUUACUUUAAGUCAUGCGCCCUAUUGAAUGAACAGACAUCCCUGUAUCAUCAAGUGGUUGCUCAUCUACUGUGACUCAUUUGUUCCAACUGCAUUGACUUCCUAAACCCACACUCCAUUCUGGUCUUUAAGCACUUUCUAUCUCAUGUUGGACUGUCCACAAACAGUACACAUAGCACUGUAAAUGUAGGACUACUUAAUUUCUAAAUGUUUUUUUGUAAAAAAUGUAUGCUGUUGUUCAGACCCUAUGUAAUGCACUGACAGUGAGCCUCUCUGUAGUGCCUGCUAAUGCACAGGUGAUAACUCCAAUGUUCAAAAUGAGUUGAAUAUGUUCCUUAUCUCUAAAUGAUGCUACAAUGGUAGUUCUGCCUCAACUACCUCCACAUUACUAUCCUGCCUGCAUCCUUGGCUAUGCAGAAGAUGCAUAAAAACAUUGUUAAUCAUUCAUGUGAAUGGCAUGCAGAGCUCUCUUUUGAAAAUACAAUUCUAACAAGCU